ACGGCUUUGCCUGCUGUCUUUGUAAGUUUUUCCACACCUCUACAGUUGAGUACUGCUUUCAGUUCUGGACACCCCGUAUUCGGAUAAGUACGGCUAAACCGGUGAGCAUACAAAGGAUAUAAGGGAGCCUGGAGCACGUCAUAUGAGGACAGGGUGAAGUGACUGGGGUGGCUCUGAAGGCAGGAGACUUCAGCUCUCUCCCGCUUAGCACACCUAGGUGUCACCUCCUUCCCAUCCCAUUUGAUGACAUCAUAGAAAGAAGACAGGCCAGAAUCUCCCCCUCCACCAGGAUUCGUUGGCUUCUACUACGUGCUAGGCGGUGGGAUCAGGGCAAAAUGAACCAAACAAUCCCUCCUUGCAGCACCGAGCUGAUGUUCUAAGGAGGGACACAGCAGAUACACACAAAAAUAUAAAGUGAACAAGUGGUAAUGUACUAGACCAAGUAAAAAGGCGUGUUUGUGUCUUGCCUUCCCAAACCCCUCCUCUCCAUCAGUGAAGAUACUGCUCCGUGCUUCUCUUUUUCCCAAACUCCAAAAGAAACGAGCCACACUUCGUCCUCCUUCUCAAGGCUUGGGUCUGGCUUUUUGCAUCCCAGGGCUCAGACCGCUUUGGGGCUCCUUUCCUCCUGCCAAUCACUGUCUUUACGGCUACGUGCCGCUACAGUAAAAUGGCAGCUUUUUGAGGGCCCCCUUUGUUUUCGUUUUCCUUGGCCUGGCGUAUAGCAGGAACUUAGCUCUUUUCUGAGGUUCCACCCAACUCCGAGAAUUUGUGACUCUUACUCCGGAACAGAGGAGGGAGAGCAGACUGGAGAGGGGAGAGGGAGUGGACGGGCGGGCAGGGGAGGGAUCGUCAGCCCUCCAAAGGGGCGCCUGCUCGGUGACGGAGCGUGCCCCUCUCCAUUCUGAGCCCUUGUCUGGGCAAAGCCAAGCGCUGAACUCCGAUCGCCCAGCCCUAGGCUCAGCUCAAGCUCUCGCCAUGGUCCUUAACUUGUACCUGAAUCUGUACUCCUCCUCCUGCCGCUCGCUCUACAUCUUCGCCAAGCUGCACGUCAUCUCCUUCGACAUGAUACCUGUGGACUUGAUGAAAGCUGAGCACCACAGUAAAGAGUUUGUCCAGAUAAGCCCGCUAAUGAAGGUGCCAGUCAUGAAGGAUGAAGACUUCGUCUUGGGAGAAAGUGUAGCCAUCAUGCUUUACCUGUGCCGACGAUUCAAGACCCCAGACCACUGGUACCCGGAUGAUGCUAAGGGCUGUGCCCUCGUGGAUGAGUACCUUGCCUGGCAACACCUGAACAUGAAAAAGCAUUGCACCAAAGUCUUGUGGAUGAAGAUGAUGAUCCCACACUUCUUCAGACACAGCGUGCCCCACGAGAACCUGGAGGAGGCCACGAAAGACCUGAACCAUAGUCUGGACCUGCUGAAGGACAAGUUCCUGAGGGACAAGCCCUUCCUGACGGGGGACAGGAUCUCCCUGGCUGAUCUGAUGGCCCUGGAGGACGUGGUGCAGGCCAUCAGUGCUGAUUACAAUGUCUUUGAGAACCGGCCCUGGCUAAGAGAGUGGCAGGAAAAGGUAGAGUCCAUCUUGGGCCAGGAGCUUUGUGAUGAGGUCCAUGGGCCUAUCCUGAAGCUCAAGGAGGCACCCGCCAUAAGCUCUGAGAUGCUGAAUAAAUUCAAUGUAAUGAAGAGCGAGCUGCUGUGAGCUGAGGGAGAGCUGACUCCCACUUCACAGGCUGGCCACACACUAGGCAGCCAUGUGGAAGCACUGAAAAACACAGACAGUCCAUCUAGCCUCUUAAUAAAGAAGGAUGAUCUAUUCAGAAAGCAUCCCCCUGAUCUAUUAGCUUAGAAAUCCUGUCCAAAAAAGGAAAUGAGGCAUGAUCUGUUCCUGCUGAAGCCACGGGGCUCUGUGUGAUCACUGCUUCCCUUUCUAAAUACUCAUACACCAUCCUUUUAAUAAUGUUCUAGAAUUUUGCCAGAUAGUAGAAGUCAGAGUGGUUGGUCCAGAGUUUGCAAACUCUGUUCUCUUGCCUGUUUAGAAAACCAGGACAACAGGGGCUGCUCUCCAGUCCAUGCAGGCUCUCUCCUAUAAUCAAGAAUCAGAGCUCCCUGACUAUAAAGCAGCCUUCACAUUUGCUACCUCCUUCCAUACUGGAGAGCAGGUGGGUGCUUUCUGACUCUCCCUUUUCUUAUCUUGGCCUCACUUCAUGUCUACCUGGGCUUCUUGGGGGCUGUCUCGUCCUGUCUUGUGCUGUCCAAAGAAAUUCCUCAGCCUUCUUCACCAACCCAAAUUGGAACUGAUCUGCUGUACCCCUGUCCCCAUCAUCAGUUACUGUCGUCUCAUCUACCCUAAGCAGCCACCCCAUCCUUUCUUUGACACUCCUACUACCCCCCCAUGUAACACUAUUAAUGCCCCUUUUAUUUUCAGCUUCCCUUUCUACUCUCAAACUUAUUUUGAAUGAAUGAAUUUAUCAUGUACUAUACCAUGUCUCCAUGCCAGGUCUUUGGUCUGUUUCCUGAAAUACGCAUCUAUUUUUGCUUCCUAGUUGGCAAGUAAUAAGAUCAAGGGCAUAGGUAGACAUUUUCUUUAGUGAAGAAAUUCCAUGAUGAAUUCCAGAAUUUCUCUGAUCAUAACCUCUUGUCAUUCUGUCUCUAACGAUGUCUUAUGCCUUUAACUCUGCAAAGCUCCUCAUGCCCCACCAGCUGUACUCAUUUCCAACCUGUCUUCUCCACCACGCCUCUAUAGCCCUAAAUUCAUCACUGGGAGAUCUCAUCAUCUUCCAAGAUCCAACAAGACCUGGUACUUGAUAGGACAGGUCUCUUCAGACACCUCACACUCUCCCAUCUGGCUGUCCUCAUUUUGGCUUCUCCAUGCCAAGUACAUUCCCCUUCCCCUUCUCAUCUUUCUUCUCCGUGUUGUCUUCCUCCCCAUUAAAUUGGAAGCUCUUUGAGGGCAGGGACUAUCCUUCUUUUCUUAUAUUUAUAUCUCUAGCACUUAGCACAGUACCUGACACAUAGUAGGUGCUUAAUGUUUACUAGGACUCUGACUCUUCCUGAACCUAUUCUUCCCCUUCACCACGACUUAAAAUCCAUCCAUUGUAUUCUCCAAGGCCAUCACCCUUGCUCUGGUUUCACUUUCCUCUUUCCAAUUUUGACCUUUUACUUAACCAGCGGAAUUCUACAGUUGCUCUACUCUCGAAUUCCCAUGUCCUGAUGUCACUCACAUUCUACCAGUCCCUGACCCUUGAUUACAUUCAACGUCCACAUCCUCACCUUCUACUUACCUUGUGUUGAAUUGAAGGGGAUGGCUUAGGGAUGGGUCUAAGAAAGUAGGCUCCUAUGGCAACACCAUAAUAUUGUGUAAGAGGACUGAAAAAUAGGAAGAGGCCAAGUGAUGAGGAGCUUUAAGUGCCAAACAUGGGAGUUCGUACGGUGCAUGCACAGACCCCGCCAGCUUGCUCAGCUGAUGCAAACUCUCCACAUGGAAGAUGAUGAGAAGACGGCGUCCAUGAAAAACAUGACGUUCUGUAAGAGAAAUGACUGGGAAACACCAGGUAACUGGUGGCAGUCGGCUGACCAUGUGCUCGGGAGAAGCCUUUUUCCAUUGGCUACAGAUAAAAGCGAUUGCAUCUUCAAUGACAAUGGAUAGCAUUUAUAUGUCAUGCUUUUUUGCUGUUGUUCAGUCAUUUUC